UGGCUCCUGCGCUGGUGUGGAACGUGGGUCCCACGGUGGGUGCUGCGGAGGGCAGGCUGUGGUCAGGACACACACACGUGUUUAACUUUGACAGAUGGGAGGUGCAGCAGCAGCCCCCACCGCACCAUGCCCAUGCCACCAUGCGGCAGCGUCCCCUGUCUGAAUAGCCCCUGCCCAGCCGGUCUGUCCCCAGUCCUGCCUUCCCAGGCCCCUGUCCCAGCGCAAGGCAGCAGAGCCAUCUGGCAGCAGGUCCCCUUGCACUCUGCUUUAUUUUGUGCUCGAUUGGUGGCUUUCAGAGUGAGUGGGUGCCAUCUCCCAAGUUUCCCCAUCAGUGGGGGUGAGGCCAUUGCCCCUGGGCACAUGCCUGGAGAACAGAGAGGUGGGAUGUGAGGCCCAGUACCUGCUGUCCCCCAUUUACCAGUUGAGCAAUGGAGGCAACACGUGCCCUGCAAACAUCUCCACCCCGAAACCCAUUGGCAGCACGACAAGCCUGGGAAAGCAGCGUGAAAGGAGACAGACCCCUUCCCUCAUCAUGGCCCGCACACCCAGAGCACAGCCACUGCCCUGUGGCUGGUGUCCCCAGGUGACAACCCACUGGGCCGGAGGCGCAUGUUGUGCCACUGACCCAGGGGGGGCUCGGAGCAUCCUGCCACAGGAAGAUAAAGCCUCUUCCAGCAGUGCGGCAGCCCUUAUCACCCACAUGCAGCUGGUUGGAGGGAAGGGAGAUGCGGCAGAUCCUGUGAUGCAAACAGGACGGGCACUGCAGGAACAUCAGCAGGGAACUCCCAAAUUCAAGCAUUAGAUGAGGUCACGUGCCUGCCGGCAGCUUCAGGGCAUGGCAGGCAUUUGCCAAGAGGAGGUGGAAGCUCUCCUCUGUGGUAUGGUGACCCGCAGAGAAGCAAAGGUGCUUCUCCUGGCCAUCCAGUCCCUCUGGACUUUGAUCUGCUCGUGAGAAGAAGCUGGAAAUGUUGUGCAAGCCCAGUCCAGCCAGGACCUGCUGAGGUGGCCAGGGGAGCGGAGAGCAGACUGAAGACCCAUCCAAAACCUCCUAUCCCAGCACAAACCCACAGGUGAGUCUUGCAAUUUCCACUUUCAACAGGGAAUCCUGCCUCCCCUCCCAUUGAUUGCUGCAGACGUGCUGGUGUCUCUCCAGGAUGGAGACAGAAGAGAGGGAGUCCCUGGCCCAAGAGGUGGAGGAGAUGAGUAGAAGAGCUGAUGUGACCCUGGAUCCAGACACUGCCAACCCCUUCCUCAUCCUGGCUGGUGACCAAAGAGCCGUGGGACGGGGGGAUGAGUGGACCACGCUGCCCGACAACCCCGAGCGGUUCGACACGGAGCCGUGCGUGCUGGGCAACCAGGGCUUCACCUCGGGGAGGCACUGCUGGGAGGUGGAGGUGGCCCAGGGGGGAGACUGGUGGGCUGUGGGGGUGGCCCAGGAGUCUGUCAGGAGGAAGGGAGUCCUCAGUUUUACUCCCCAGGAGGGGAUCUGGGCUGUAGGGCAGUGGUUUGGACAAUAUCACGCUUUCACUGACCCUGACUGGACCCCCCUGCACCUUCCCUGCCUCCCCAGGGCCAUCCAGGUCUGCCUGGACUUUACGGGCAGGCAGGUGGCAUUUACUGAUGCUGAAAACGAAGCCCCAGUCUUCGCUUUCUACCUGACUUCAUGUGAUGGGGAGAGGCUACACCCAUGGCUCUGGGUGGGGAUGGACUCGUGGCUCAAGCUGUGCCCCUGACACGGAGCGUGGGUGGCAGGGGGGAUGCUGAAAAGGCAAACACCAUUGUCUUGGUGCUGGGGACUGGGAGGGUCCUGCAUCUUUUCCUUGCAUGGUUCCUCUGGCCACCGAGUGGGACGUCUGGCAGGGCUUGGAGACAAACACCACCAAAGAGCCUCCUUCAUCCCCUCCAGCCCACAGCGGGGACCGCAGAGACAACUCACAGAGAUUCGGUGAAUGGAAGAGCUUGGUGCCAAGUGGCCCCAGGGCAUUGAGUGCCACGGCACUGCAGAGCUGCCAUGUACAAGGCCAUUAAAAAUACAGCAGGUUCAAGCUCUUUAAAAGGUGCUGGAGUAAUGUCUCUGGCUUUUUCCAGUUAAUCUUAAUGAUUAAAUGAAAAAAAAACCACCACAAAACCCAACUUAGCUGGAUGCUGGAGCUCAUGAUAAUGCUUAUCUUCUCCUUACGUCCAAACCUUUCCUUGCCUUAUUUUCACUUCUCACUGACGUGUGCAUUAAGCACAUUUUUUAUAGCAGAGCACUGGUGACAGCCCCAGGGACAGCCAAGGGAGGUAAGUAAGAAACUGAGAAGUGUCUGAAGCCCACAGGUGAGGCAAUUCCCCCAGAUCUGCCCUUCUCCGAUCUUCUCCCAUGAAGGACUCUUUCAGCAGACCCCACCUGCGGGGUCCUGACAGCAGACACUCCUCUUUCAUCAGCCCAUCCAGACAGAUAAUCUGCUUGGACAAUUUAGCAGCAUUUUCUUUCAAUCUUGUUUUAAUCUGCUUCUCCAGCUCCCCCAGCUGAGCCAGCAGCAGGCACUCGUGUUCCUACAGGUACUGUCACUGCUGCUUAAAUUUAGGCACAAACUUCUGCCUCUCCACCUUCCUUAAGGAAAAAUCCUUACAAGCAGGAACAAUCCUCUCAAGGGAGGGUGGGACCAUGGAAAGGGACAGGGAGCAAUUAAAAGUAUCCAUGGCUUUUACUUUCUGGUGUGGAGCGUGACUGUAAUUCCCGGGGUGCUUAUCGUGCACCAACAGCUGAACAUGAUGACUCAGUCUCCCAGACCCCAAGAAUCAACCUUUCUUCACCCUCCCCAAAUGAAAUUCUUCCUGGUAGCACCAUGUACCUACUAGAUAGUCCUGGCAGAUCCACCUCUCCUUCCUUUCCCAUUUCUCCAGUUCUCCUUUCUCUUUCCUGAGGCUCUCCAGCUGUGACUGGAUUUUCUCCUGGAAGAAGAGACCUCCUUUAGGAGCCCCCCACCACCCACAUAUGCUUUGUGUCCAUAAACCAGUCCAUACCCCGGGCUGGACACGAGAAGCCUCAGGCAGAGUCAGCCUCUGGACCUGUGGCUCCAGGAUGCUUGCAGGGGUCAGCGUGACUGGGAAGUGAUGAGGGAACAUGCAGGAGAGGGGGACUGGGGAGAAACAGAGGAGGAACAGGCAGAAAGGGGCAUAAGGGACUGGUCAUGGGUAAAACGGAGUUGGUCAGUGCAUUUGCCUGACCUGGUCCUGUGCCUCAUCACCGCAGUCUGUCCUACCUUCUCAUUAAAUCCUUUCUUAACUGUCA